AUGAUUACAGUUGGCCUAUUGAUUGGUCAAUGGCAACUUGCUUUAUACGGUCUCUUGGGAACAAUUAUAUCAACAUUAACAGCAUAUAUCAUAGGACUCGACUAUGGAUCGAUUCGAGCUGGUCUCUAUGGAUAUAAUGGAUGUUUAACAGCUAUGGCUAUAGCUAAUUUCUCUUUUGGUUUUCAUUCUCCAUUAAUAAUUGGACCGAUCGUAUUGAUGAGUGCUUGUUCAACAAUUUUUCUUGUUGCUAUUGCAAAAUUAGUUGCCCUUCGAUUAGGUCUCUCACCAUUUACAUUCAGUUCACAAAUGUGUUCAUUGUUAUGGUUAUUAGGUGCAAUGAAAUUUCGAUAUUUUUUUGUAGAUGAAACACUUUUAACAUCUGGAUUAUUGAAAACAUUUAUUGAAAAACCUAUCCUGUCUAAUAUAACAAUCACUAAAUAUUCAGUUAUCGAUAUAUUUGCUGGCUUUCCUGCAAGUGUAAGUCAAGUCUAUUUUAUCAAUAAUCCUUUAACUGGUAUCAUUAUUCUUUUGGGUAUAUUAAUUUGUUCACCAAUUCUAUCAUUUUUUGCUUUAUUUGGUGCAAUAACUGGUCAAUUAUCAGCUGCUUAUCUGUUUGGACUUCCAGCAGAAACAAUCCGAAUGGGAUUUGGAGGGUAUAAUUCUGUAUUAACAUGUCAAGCACUUGGAGGAAUGUUUUUUGUUCUUAGUGGCUAUUCAAUAUGGUUUUUUACACUUUUUGGAUCUAUAAUGAGUGUUAUUGUUCAAGCUGCUAUAGCUGUUUUUUUUUCUCCUAUUGGAAUUCCUCCAUUAUUGUUACCAUCAAUAUUCAUUUCUUGGAUAUUUUGUUUAAUGGCUGAAUCAAGUAAAAAUAUGAUCGCUGUUACAUUACUAGCUGUUAGUAUACCAGAAGAUCAUUUAAGACGUUUUCAUUUAACUACCCUAGUUAAAGCAAAUUUUGGAUUUUUAAAUAAUUUAUCAACAAUACUUCAAAAAUCUCGACAUGAUAAUGACAAAUCAAUUGAAGAUCUUGCAACAAUUGAAGCGGAAUUCUUACCAAUUCUUUUAUGUUCAUAUGCUUAUCAAAAUAAUAUAAACAAUUUAAAAGCAUUAUUAAAUGAAGGAGCCGAUGUUAAUUCGACCGAUUAUGAUUUACGUAGUCCAUUGCAUUUAGCUGCUUGUGGUGGAAAAUCAGAAUUAUGUUUUUUGCUUGUUAAAAAUUUUCGAGCUAAUGUUAAUUUAGUCGAUGAAUUCGGUGGAACACCAUUAUAUGACGCUUUUUGUCAUGGAAAUUUUCAUUUAAUUCCAUUUCUUUAUGCAUGGGGUGCACGAAUGCCUGUUAGUAAAACAAAAGAAUUGGCCUUUUGUUUAUGUGCUUUUUCAUUUGAAGGUAAUUUAAAAGCAGUACAAUAUUUAGUCGCAUGUGGAGUUAAUCCGAACUUAGCAGAUUACAAUGGACGUACAGCUCUACAUUUAGCUGUUUGUGCUAAUAAUUUUUCUAUAGUAAAAUAUUUAAUUGAAGAAGGUAAAGCAUCUUUAUCAAUUCCCGAUUAUUAUAAUCAAACUCCUAUGCAAUAUGCAUUACAUCUAACAGAUAACAGUAUUGCUAAUUAUCUUCAGCAUUGUCGAGAUCAAACAUCAAAACAAAAACCAAGAAAAAUAAAUCUAUUUAUGCAAGAUAUAUCAAUUGUUGAUGAUGAUGAUAAUAAUCAAGAACAAGAAAAUAAUAAUGAAAAACCAUCUGAGAAUAUUUUAGUAACUGUUGAAGAAAGUCUUUUACCAGCAUUAUUCUGUAUGGCUGCAGCCGAAGGAGAUGUCAAACAAAUGGCUAAUUUACUUGAACAGUUUCCGGAAUUUCAUGCCGAUAGUGUUGAUUAUGAUUUUCGUUCGGCUGCACAUGUCGCUGCUGCUGAAGGUCAAUUAUGCAGUAUACAAUUUUUAUGUGAAUAUUUAUAUGCAAAAAAUCAAGAUUUAAGUUGGAUAAAACGAGAAGAUCGUUGGGGUUUUUCACCUAUUGAAGAAGCAUAUCAUUAUGGACAUUAUGACGUAGCUAAUUAUUUAAUUGAAUGCAUAAAAAGCAAUCCAAAUUUAAUUUCAUCAAAUCCAAAACAAAAUUUUAAAAUUAAACCUGCUGUAAUAUCAAUGCGUCAAUGGAAAAAAAUUCUUCAUUUUAGUGCAUUAGCAUCAAAUAAUGAAGCCGAAUUAAUUGAUGGUUUAUUAUCAACUGGAAUAUUUUCAUCAUCGGAAUCAUAUGCUGAUUAUGAUGGACGAACGCCAAUGCAUUUAGCUGCAGCUAAUGGUCACUUGAAUGUAGUUAAAGUAUUGCAACUUCAUGGUUAUGAUGGUAAAACACAAAAAGAUCGUUGGGGUAAUUCUGCAUUGGAUGAAGCACGACGAAAAAAAUUUACUGAAAUUAUUGAUAUUUUACUUGAAGAUAUUGUUUAG